CGUGAACGCAAUCAAAUAUCACUCGUUGUUGAUAGCAUAUAACAAUGUUCGCUUAACUGACGGGUAUUGGUGAUAUAGAUAACAAUUUUUUAUCUGCUUUAGUAGGUUCAGAAUUUAGUCAGCUCAAAACCAUGUGCAUAUUGUACUAGAUUUGCAAAUUCAACAUUUAGAAUGAAACUUCUUCUAGGCCUAGUAAUUAUAUUUUGCUCGACAGGGCUCUUAAAAUGCAGUAUAACAAUAUGUAAGAAAAAGGUUCCAAAGUUUCCUGUAUCAUACAAUGAUAUACAAAGUACAAUGAAGGACUUGGUAAUUGGCGAUAAGGAUAUACAUAUAGAUCAUACGUCUUUCAACUUUACCCAUCCGGCAAUAAGAUUAGCCGGGGAGUUGGACCGUGUGACAGUUUCUAACAUGUUCGAGUACACGUUACAUAAGUUCGAAUUCAUUGACAUCAAACAUUACCUGAUAUUCAACAUAACCUUUCACAAUAUUUCAGUUGAAGGUCUUUACGAUAUGAGAGGAAAUCUGGGAGAACUGUUUGACAUUUUUGGCAAAGGAGAUUUCUGGUUUCAGAUGAUCAAUUUUAACAUUGCUGCAACUAUGGAAUGGCCACCAUAUGUGAAUACCACAGCCAUAUGUGCUACUUCGGAUGUAGACGUCAGCGUUCAGCAGGUUAAGAAUCAUUUCUAUAAUCUCAUGGGCGAUCCUGAGCUUGAAGAGUUAAUGAAUGAUGCCAUGGAGUCUCUAGGUCCAGAAAUGGUCCAAAUCCUUUGGAAGGAAUUUAAAGAAUUUUACGGUGAUUACAUAAGAAAGAUUAUUGAAGACAUAAUAAAUGGGAAUAAGUUCACAGGCAUCACAUCGCACGUAUUGCAAGCAACGGUUCAGAAUCUAAAACAACUUGACUGGCUGCCUGGAAUAAGUGACUUAAUUAAGUUUUAAUAGUUGAACAUGUCAAAUAUACGUCCCGAGCUUUUAUGUAUAUAUCAGUGAGACUCUACUGCAGAUUUUACAAGAAAUAAAGCUGGGCAAUCGCCGGUCAUGCUAUUCUAUGGACUGAACUACCUCAAAAAACUAUCAAUUGUUAAUUCUUUGCAUUCUUCAUCGAUCGCUGCGCAUGUCGUGGACAACAAGUACAUUUUAAAAAGAAAUACCGACAAGCCGACUGAAGUAACUGAAAAGAAUAAUGAUUCAAUUAUUGUGCUAUCAAGCCGAAUCUAAAGACACUUCAAAUGUCAAAGUAUAUCAAACCCUGUAUCGCCUGCAAUAGUUUAUGUUUGCGUUUAAAACAGCCGUUUUGAUCUUAUGAAAUUUUAUUAUAUUCAGUGUCAGUCGCGUUGCCAAGACAAAUCUAGACGCAUCUCACAUAUUUAAAUCCAUCUAGCCGUUCUAGCUGUAGCCCGAUGAAAUAGGAAUUUCCAUAUUGAACUCUUCUACUGAAAUCUGUCAUUUUAUUUCUAUAAAAUUCUCAUACAGCCAGUAUCACUUACACUGAGAAGGUAAAUCCAACAACAUUUUAUGUGCCAAAAACUGUGAAACCGUUUAAGCUGUAGUUCAUAAAAUAGGGAUAUCAAGGUUGAUUUUUUCCGCCAUUUUGUUUUAAUGAAAUUUGAAUAUAGACUGUUAGACACUUAACGAUAUUUUGAUAGAUCUCAACUACCUAGUGGGAAAUAAGUACCACGGAAUAAAUGGAGAGCUACUAUAGACAAAAGAAGAUAAGUUGACAUACAUAACCUAGUUUUGAACAUACAUAUUUUAUCACAAAUUUCUCGAAGAAAAAAUCUAAAGCUAUUUACUUUUUUACGAAGGUGAUUUUUCAGUAAUAACCGUUUUGUAAUGGAGUGAGGGAAACUUUAUUUAUGAACAUCACGAACUGAAAUAUGAAAAUUUUUUCAGCUGCGGUCUGAUUACCAAAUCAGUUAGUAGAUGUUUCUUUCAACAUGUAGUCAUUUUCGAAACACUUUUUACCAAAAAACCUUGAGUCUCGGGGAAAGAUAAAAAUACGAUGGUGGAUGAUCUAGAAACUCCCAACGAAGCUUAUGCAGUUGCGGCUGUGUUCCUGCUGCAACUUGAGGCCGAGCGUUGUCGUGAAGCAGAACAAUGCCGCCUAUCAUCAGGCCCCUCGCGCGGUCUUGAAUAGUGCGCAUAAUUCCAUGAUCAAAUGAACUUACCUGUAAGACAUGUUCGAACUUAAUUAUGUGAAGCUCUCGUAGAAGUAAAUAUUUAGAAUACAUAUCAUAGAUGUACAAAGCUAGUUGCAACAACAUGCUACUAAGGCUCUGCAAUAGUAAACCAUAGGUUUUACACAACUACACAAAUUCUACGCAAUGUAUGUGGCAACUAAAUGUACGUUUCCAUUGUAACAAUUCAAGUUAGGGCUUUUAGCAACAAAAAUUACCAUCCAUUUCAUGGUAAUGAGCAAAUAAAAUAACGUAAUAACAUAGUUAUGUUUAAGGUGUGGAGAUUUGGUUCAUCUCAAAUGCCGCUUGAGCAAAGCUAUUGUUUGGCAUAAGAGAUUUGUUACGUUUGAGACUACUAUAAUUUAGCCAGCGGAGAGGUAAAUGCAUUUCAUAUACUGUGGGUUGUCAAUUGUGACACUCUCUGCUAAAACCGACUUCAUCCAUCUGGGAGUUGAGGCAACAUGAUGGAGUUGCUGUACAGUGACAAACAAAUGCUUUGCACAGACAUUUGGGCGUAAAACACAGUAAAACUCAAGUGGCUGCCAGAUGAAUGACCCAGAGACUUUUAAAAACUCAGAAAUCUCAAUAUCAGUAUUAUUCAACCAAAUCCGAAUGUUUCAAUUAGUUUGAACACUCUGACUUGAGGUUAGAGCUAACAGUGUUGCUGAUUUCCUCAUACAAAUAUCUACAGAGCUUACCAGCAACCCUUUGGCUGAUUGAGGACAACCACAGUAUCUAUAUUUCAGUUGAGAUGGCCUCAGCCUGUAAAUGCCAUUAAAAAAACUGCGUCGUUAGUAACAUUUUGGGUAUAAGACUGACAGCUCAAACAAUUAUACCUUGAUCUCUUAUCACCUGUAAGGUAAGAAACUUCAAGGUAGGAAACCAGACAUGUAUUUCUUCCCGACAAAGGUCCUACCGUAAUCUAAGCCCACAAUACAUGAUGGAUUAUCGAUGUUGAUUGGAAUGCGUGACGAUAACCAGGGCAACCUUACGAAUUAGUGGCAGCGGUGCCCUGGGUCCCUCCAUCAGAUUUUUGCGUUACUUCUAGAAGUGAAAUUUCAGAAACACCGAAUACUUGAACAAAAAUCAGGACGGUGACAGGUGCAGCUCCCAUUCCGUUUCCACGUCUCACUGACGCAAAAGCUCAUCUGUACCAGUAUUACUUCCAGAUCUUAUAUUUGACGCGAGGGCAGUAAGAUUUCUCGCUUUAUAUAAUUGCCGUAGUUUUCCCGCAACCUGCUCCAGACGUGGAAACCAGAAGCUGUCCAUCCUAUUGAUGUAGGAUGGGAUAUAGUAUGCGAUAGCCCAUCAAUUCGGUACCAAAGAGUUCACUACAGAAGAAAACUACCAGCUGUUUUUGAUGAAUAGCAUGCAGGACCUUUUCGGGUGACCAAAAAACUAGAGACUCCUCCCUGGCCAACGAAUGUCCUAGUGCGAGAAAUUAUACAACAAAAAAUUGUCAAUACCUCUGACCGGAUCCGCCAGUUUCUUUGAGCCCCAGCCGAGGUAGACCUUAGGUUAUAUUAUAUUAGUGACAUAUUAGCGUUAAAAUUCCCUUGAGAAUUUUACAAGCCAAGAAAUUUCACUCGUUAGUGUAUAGUCGGCUGUAACGAAAUAAAAGACAAGCUGACACCAAGAUCCCGAUGUUCAUCGCAAAGUUUCGGACUCUGUCUUGGUUGCUGUCCAUUAUUGCUGAGCCUGAGAGUGCUCAUUUUUUUCUUAAGGUAUUCCAGAAAUGGUUUUAUAUACAGUCCUGUUCCAUAGUUACCACCAGCCAUGUGGAAUUUGCUAUCACAAGCAAAAUGUAACGCUAGUCUACCAUAGAUGAACCCAAUUUCUAUAUGUUGUUAAUGAAAAAUAGUACUUCAGCUAUCUCGUAACCUGUCAUGUGCAUAUUAUUAACCUGUUCGAUGGCUAUUCCAAACCAUAAGGAAUUUGCUAUCAUAAGCAAAAUGUAACGCUAGUCUCGGAGAGAUAAAACCUAAUCUCUCUCUGUUAUUAACUCGCAUAAAGUGCCUAUUCUUUAUCUGGUGAUAAGAAAAAGAUAUACAUUGGCGGUUUUCUAAUCUGACAUGUUCAUACUUACACACAUGUUUUACGGUUAUCACAAACCACGUGUAAUCACUGCUAUCAUAAGCAAAAUGUAACGCUAAUCUCGCAUAUAUGAACCUAAUCUCUAUUUGUUAUUAAUGAAAAAUGGUACUUCGGCAGUUUGCUAAACUGUCUUGUGCAUUCUUAUUAUGCUGUUUCAGGGUUAUCACAAACCAGAUGGAAUUUCCCAUCACAAGAAAAAUGUAACGCUAACCUCACAUAACAUACUUAAACUCUAUCUGGUAAUAAGGAAAAAACAUACCUUAACGACUUCCUAGCCUGCCAUGUUCAAACUUACAGUCCUGUUCCAUGGUUAUCACAAACCAGACGAACUUUGCUAUCACAAGCAAAAGAGAAAAUAUUGUUGACCAUACCUUGUUGCUACGUUGUCCCAAAAGAGGUGCACGCCACUUUCUAAUUUUGGUCGGCGACGAAAGCAAUCUUCAGUCGAUCGUCGGUCGGUAUCUCUUUCGACAAAGCACAUCUAUCGGCCAUCCUUCUCUCCUGUUUUCUAAUUCUAAAUGUUCAGC